AGUAGUUGAACAUAGUUGCUUUUUUAUUUCGAACGGUUAAUAUGUAUUCGUUAAAUAUGAAUUCCACAAUAUUUUUCAAUCUAUUAAUUUGGGUUGAAAUAGUUCAUUCAAUUAAGCUGGCAAAUGAUUUAAAAAAGAGUAAUGUAUUGAUUAUUUUUGUUGACGACAUGCGACACCUGACGGAAAAGGAAGUGUACUUGCCAAAUAUUCAAAAAUUAGCGGGAGAAAGUAUUCAGUUUUCUAAUGCUUUUGCGCAGCAGUCAUUGUGCGCUCCAAGUAGAAAUUCGAUACUUACGGGGCGACGACCCGAUGCAUUACACCUGUACGAUUUCUACAGCUACUGGCGUGAAUUUGUUGGUAACUUUUCCACGAUGCCUCAACUAUUCAAAGAGUUCGGAUUUGAUACUUAUUCCGUUGGCAAAAUAUUUCAUCCGGGGAAAAGUUCAAAUUUUACGGACGACUAUCCAUAUAGCUGGUCGGAAAUUCCAUACCAUCCUCCUACGGAAAGGUAUAGAAAUGCAGCAGUUUGUAAGGAUAGAAAAACUAAAAAACUGCAAAAGAAUCUCAUUUGUCCCGUAACUGUCAAAACUCAUCCUGGCAGGACUUUACCCGAUAUGGAAACCUUGAAACGUUCUAUUGAUAUUUUAAGUCAAAGAAACAGAAGCAAGCCAUUUCUUCUCGCAGUCGGAUUUCACAAGCCUCAUAUUCCGCUGAAAUAUCCUCACCAAUAUCUCAAAAGAGUUCCAAUCAGUGAGGUGAACCCACCCAAUAACCGGUACAUGCCUAAAGGGAUGCCCUCAGUAGCGUGGCAUCCAUGGUGCGACGUCCGCUAUAGAGACGAUAUAAAAGCCCUAAAUAUAUCCUUCCCCAUGGGCAUAAUGCCUACAAAAUGGACGUUAAAAAUCCGACAGAGUUACUACGCAGCGUCAUUGUAUGUGGAUGACCUUAUCGGGCAACUGAUGGGAUAUGUAGAUAACAACACCAUUAUUGUCCUUACAAGCGAUCACGGUUGGUCAUUAGGAGAAAAUGGCCUCUGGGCUAAAUACAGCAACUUCGACGUGGCUCUGAAAGUUCCAUUAAUAUUUAAAAUUCCGGGACAAACCCCAAGAUCCAUAACCACUCCUGUUGAAUUAAUCGAUAUUUUCCCAACGCUGAUAGAACUUGUUGGGUUAAAGCAAACUACUUCUAAGUGCAAGAGUUUUAACGAUAAAUCAACUUUGUGUUUUGAUGGCAAAAGUUUAGUGAAUAUAAUGAGAAAUAACAAUGCCACUUUUACUGCGCGGAAAUCCUAUGCGAUAUCCCAGUAUCCCCGUCCAAGUGUACGCCCAACAAUUAAUUCCGAUAAACCAAGGUUGAAAAACAUAAAAAUAAUGGGUUACAGUAUAAGAACAAAGAAAUAUAGGUACACGGAAUGGAUAUCGUUUAAUAAUACACAGUUUACUAGGAACUGGAAUAAAAUGUACGGCAUUGAGCUCUACAAUCACAUGGUGGAUGGCGAAGAAUCGAAUAAUUUACAUUUCGAUCCAAAUUAUAUACAUGUUAGACAAAAACUAUCUAGAAUGCUUAGAUCACAUAUAGAUCCUAAUUUUAAACGUGCAGUACGCUCAAUCUAAGUUGACCGGACCGAAGUAAGUCAGCUUUAGCUUCGCAGAUGCAGUUUUUAAGAAUUAAUUGCUCGUCCAAGUUGACAUCUGCACGGUGACAUCCGCGAGUCUCAGAGACCUACUUUCGCAAGAUCAACUGAGAUUAUGCGAACCGAAUUCUUACCACCAUCGCAUAGAGCAUUAUUAUAUUGAUAUUGUUGAUAUG